AGUUAAAAACGAAACGGCAAUCUGAACGUACAUUUCCAGGAAACCGGGAUUUUUUUAAAAGUUUAUAUUACUUCUUUUAUAUUGUGCAAAAAAAACAGAGGUUUAAUUAAGAAAAAAAAAAGAAGUUUCUUUGUGCUUUUCCAAAGUUAAUAAAUCAAAACAAAUAAUUCUAAAUCAAUGAUUUAGAACGAAGAAAAACAAAGUGACAAAAAAUGGAUAGAGGACCUUUCUGGAUAUUUCUAACACUCGUAGUUCUUCUUGUCAAUACCUCAGAAGCACAAUGGACCAGUCCUUACUUCCAAGAUCCCGAUACGCCAGGAAUAACACUUGGGCCAUCAUCACAGCAACAGCAAAUGCAAAUGGAUGAGGAGAUUCAAACUCCUUUUGAUUUUAUCAUUAUAACAUAUUCCGGAUCAAACACUCCACAAAUAAGAUUUUCUUUUGGCGACGACUUACGCUUUGGAUCGUCAUUUGUGCGACGAGACAAUGUCUGGGUGCUUCAGGUCACAAGACGCCAGGAUUAUGAAACUCUGGCUAUUCAGCAGUACAUCUUUGACAUCACAAUUGACGGAGUAUCUAGGACUGUAUUCUGUACCAUCAACAAUCUAAUUGAUACACCGCCCAUUGUGACUCUUUUGUACGAUGGGCCCUGCAAUGUCAAGGAACUGGAGGAAGAUCUCGAUACUGAUUGUCAUCUUAAUGUCCAUGAUCCGGAUUCCUUGGAACGUAACGAUCUAACUUACAGGAUACUUGGGAAUAACAACGAAAAUGAAUUGUUUGACCUUAGAGAAAUCGAACGAGAUGGCUAUUCCAUAACCUACACCUUGAUAGUCGUUAAAGAACUUCGUUUUGAAGAGCGGGAAUCCUACAAUUUCCGAGCAAUUUUCACGGAUUCUGGGGAUAAUGAAGGAGAAACUAGGAUUGUGGUAGAAGUUGAAGAUGUCCCUAGUUUGCCUCCUCGUUGGAAUAAACCCUUUUCAACUGAGCAAUUUGAUGAGAAAACCCCUCAAACAUUCGACGUUGUUGCAAUCGACGGUGAUACCGGCAUCAAUUCGCCCAUUAAAUAUCGUCUGGAGUUUCCAUCUGGUCAAGAAUGGACUCAGCAAAAUUUGGUGACUAUUGGAGAGGAUUCCGGGGUGAUUUCCGUACAACCUAUCAAUCGGGAUGAAUUGAAACAGGAGAUCUUCACUUUCACUAUUAUUGCUCUGAAAGCCAUGAAUGAGAGCUGGACAAUAAGUGGUCAAGCUGUAUUAGUCGUCAACGAUGUCAAUGACAAUUAUCCGGAAAUCAACCUCGCCCCGGAUGUUGUGGAAAUCCCUGAAUCAACCUACAUGCAACUCCCAUUUACGAGAUUCGUGAUUGAAGACAUCGAUCUAGGACCUCAUGCAACCUAUUCUGUGGAAAUGGUAUCAGAUACAGAAGAGAAUUUCCCAGAAGCUUUUACAAUAAUCCCAAAUACAGGCUAUCAAGAAACAUCCUUCCUGAUUACUGUGUCCAAUGCGACAUACCUGGAUUACGAAAAUCCAGUUUGGAGGGAGUUUCAAAUGAGGAUAAUUGCACAGGAAGUUGAUUUUCAGGAGCACUGGAGAGAGCAAAUCAUCCAAGUUAGGUUGACUAAUUGGAAUGACGAAGUUCCGCAAUUUGAACAAGACGAAUACGUUGUGGAGGUUCUGGAAAGUGAAGGAGCUGGAUAUUUCCUAUCUCAAGUUCAGGCUUUCGAUGAUGACAUUGAUGAUGAAGUUUUUCACUCAAUUGUGGGGACCAUGGGCUCCCAAUUUACUUGCUCAGAAGAUGGAGAAGUGUCAAUAGCUCAGGACAAUGUUUUGGACUACGAAAGACAAACCAACGUUGUCAUCCAGAUUCAAGCCAGGGAUUCCUUGGUAACUGGACAUCCUGGAGAGAGUCUCCAUACAGUCUAUGCCCAAUUAGAAAUCAGAGUUUUGGAUGUAAAUGAUGAGACGCCAGAUCUGAGAAUGCCCCGAACAGCUCCGGAAGUUAUUGAAAAUUCCCCGGCAGGAACGAUUGUAACCAUGGAAAUUGUCGCUACAGAUCCAGAUACUACAGCCGAUCUUGAAUUCUCGAUCGACUGGGAAGCUUCUUAUGCAACAAAAUCCGGUCAGGAAGCCGCAAGAGAGACUUAUGAAAAUUGCUUCAUCAUUGAAAAAUUUCCUGAGAAUAUAAAUCGUGUGAUUGGACACCUCAAAGUGAAUCCAGAUUUUGAAGAUGACAUCGAUUACGAAAUGUACGAAGUUAUCUAUCUUACAAUCAAAGUUGAAGAUCGUAACCAGGAGAUAAAUGAGGGAAUUGCUGAGGCAAUUCUCACAGUAAGAGUUGUAGAUGUCAAUGACAAUCCACCUCAGUUUGUGGGAGACACUCUAACAACGUUGAGGAGUGUUGUUGAAGAAGCUCUUGCUGGAACCCUGAUUGGUACCAUCAUUGCUGAAGAUCUUGAUGGACCGGAGUUCAAUAAGAUCACCUACUCAUUGCGGGCUGUUGUGGAACAAGGAACAACGGAGGGAUGGGUAAAGAUCAACCCGACAACUGGAGUUAUUGAAGUUGAUGCUGAUCAAGCGAUUGACUGCGAUGAACCUCGAUUGGACAGUCUUGAAUAUGUGAUCACGCUAUCUGAUGGAGAUCAUCAAGUUCCAGGGAAUAUCAAGAUCGAAAUGAUCGACACCAACAACAAACUUCCCGAAGAGGCCGAGUUUGAGAAAUCCAUUGAACUGUACGAAAACACAACUGAGGGAGCCUUUGUAAGGAUCCUUGCAACUGAUAAAGACCGAGACUCCCCUCACAACUUAGUUUGGUACACAAUUGACUACGAAUCCAUUCCAGAACUGCAGAAUCUCUUUGAGAUCGAUCAGGAAACUGGAGAUUUGAGUGUUAGACUCAUAGGAGGAGCAGUACUGGAUAGGGAUAAUGGUCCAGUGAGUCACUACAUCCCGAUAAAGUACGAGGAUAACUACCUCGGAAAUGGAAGAAGAAAUUCUAAUACAACUUUUGUAAAUGUUUUUUUACUGGAUGUGAAUGACAAUCCCCCGAGAAUGCCUGGCCCAACUGCGUUUCAACCUUUGGUUGGGGAGAACUUUGGAGCAGGCUACAAUCUCGCAGCAAAAAUAGUUUCAACCGAUUCUGACGAGCCUGGUACUCCAAAUUCUGAAGUCUCUUACAGAAUCUUAGCAAUAGAACCAGGAGAGAACCAUGCUGAUCCGAUCCCUGAUAUGACCGAUGCAUUUGAUAUCGUUAGUGAUCGCACAACAAACACUGGAACCCUUGUUGUGAGGAGUGAUCUUAGGGGAUGCUAUGGGACAUGGAGAAUCACCAUUGAAGCUUACGAUCAUGGAGAUGAGUGGACCUCUCAAGUUAGUUUGAGUUCUCAAGAAACCUACAAUCUGAGGAUCGACCCAUACAACUACAACACUCCAACGAUCGUAUUUCCAGAAGAAGGAAACACAAUCCGUUUGAGAUUCAACGACGCCUAUGUAAAUUCUCCGCUUUUGACCAGUAACGGAGUACCCUUACCCGCCUUUGAAGCUCAUGAUCCCGAUGGUGGGUCCUUUGGUGAUGUGACAUUUGCCUUUACAGGCAGUGCAAAUGGUGAAGAUCACUUAGUGUUCAGAUUCGAUAAGGAAGACAGCGAGAAGUCUCACCUACGAAUCACCGAACUCGUUCAAAGUCGAACCUAUAGUGUCAACCUCCAAGCCAGGGAUGGUGGAGGAUUGUCUCAAGAUAUAAUUGACCUGAAGAUCAUUUUUGUAGACAUCCAAGGUGAACCCUUCUUCCCUGAUCCAAACUACUCCAACACGUUCACAGAAAACGCACCAGGAUUGGAAGAAUCCUUCGUACUCCCCGAAGCUGAAGAUCCCAAAAAUACUGGGGUAACCAAUCCCGAUGAAAUGUUCUCAAUCUACUACUUCCUCAACCCAGAAUCUGAUAUUUUUGCUCUCGAUCCUGAAACUAGAAGGCUAUCAUUGCUGCAGCCUUUGGAUAGGGAAAGUGAAGAGAGCCACAACCUCAGCGUUGUUGCUACAAACAAUCGCAACGGACCUAUAUCCUGGGGUCCGAAUUCCGUUCUCCAGGUUCAAGUAAUCGUUGAUGACAUCAACGACAACCCUCCAAAGUUCGAACUGGACUACUACGGAGUUGGUAUAACAACCAGUGACUUUGUAAGCAAGGCCCUCCUAACCGUUGUGGCUUUCGAUCCUGAUACCGUGGACGAAGGUCAACUGAUCUACUACAUAUUGCCGGACACAAUAGUAGCUCAAGGGACAAAUCUCGAGGGUAUCAAGGACAACGCCUUCGUUAUGGAGCCUAUCAGUGGGAUUAUAAGGCUCGAUAGAGCCAUAGAUGACUCCCAUACAGGAUACUUUGAGUUCAUGAUUGAAGUCAGGGAUUCGGAGACUGGAUUGGGACCUCAUACCGAUCAAGCCCGGGUGAAAAUCUACAUCAUUGCUGAAUCCAACAGAGUGUCCUUCAUUUUCCUCAACACCUUGGAAGAUGUCCGAGAACAGGAGACUUAUAUCAAAUCCGUCUUCACGGAUCGUUUCGGUUACGAAGCAAACAUUGACGACAUCGAAAGACGUUCCCAGAACGAUAACCAAACCGUUGUAAGGUGCCAUUUUAUCGAUAAUUCCGAAGCCAUUGACGGUGACAUAAUCCGAGCUCGCAUCGUGGACUUGGAUUUCAUCCAGGAAAUUCAGAACGAUCUAACAUCGCGAGGACUCUUCCUCAACGGAUACGUUCCUACAGAUCCCGACAGUGGCAACCCCGAAGAUGCCUUCCAGGAGCUUCUGAACAUCAUUUUGAUUGUCGUUUGUUGCGUUCUGGGAGUCUUGUGCAUUGUCAUGGGAAUUGCUUUCUAUCUGAGGAGCAAGAGUUUGAACAGACAACUAAAGGCUCUAUCACCGACGGUCUUCGGAUCGGUAUCUUCGAAUCUAAACCGAAUGGGAGCACCUACAACGAAUAUUUUCGCAACGGAAGGAAAGAAUCCCGCCCUGAACAAUCAGGAUUUCCAGAGGGACUUCAUGUACGACGACAAGAGUAUCCAGUCGGACGAGUCCGAUUUUGUGGGUAUCGAUAAGGAUCCCACAUUUAUGCCCUACCCGCAGAAGCACAGCCUGGAUUCUAGCAGUGUCAAUAACGGAUUUGCCGUUAAGAGUCUCAAUCCUUUGGUAGAGGCCAAGAGAGAUGAUGAUUAUACGAGAUUCUAGGUUAAGGAUGUGAAUAAAAAUUCUUUGAAAAAAUUAA